AUGGACGACGGAGGCCCUAAAUGGCGUCUUGAGCAAGCGAAAGGUGGUCAAGCGGUCUGCAACCAGGCCGCCUGCAAGCGCAGCAAGACCAAGAUUGUGAAAGGCGAACUACGUAUCGGUACGCACACGCUUUACGAUGAUGGGACGUCGUCUAGGUGGUACAUGGCCUGGCGCCACUGGGGCUGUGGCACCAAGCAACAGAUAGCAGGCUUGAAGGAGACUACCGGCAACGACCCGACAAAAGCACCUGGCUAUGAUCGACUCAGCCCGGAGAGUCAAGAGCAGGUCCGACUAGCCUUCGAGGAGGGCAAGCCUGUCGACAAAGACUUCAAGGGCAUCCGCGAAGACCUCGCCCAGGACGCUCGGGGAUACGCUAAAGAGUACACGAAUGUGAGCUUCUACAAAGUCGAUGUUGCUAGCCGCGCGUGUGCUUGCCGUGGCGGCGACUGCCUCGACAAGAACGUGAAGAUCACGAAGGGUGAACCCAGGCUUGGUCUCUCCGUUCCGUUCGAUGAGGAGCACGAAUCUAUGGUCUACAAGCACUGGCAAUGCAUGUCCGCCUACGACCUGGAACAAGUAGUAAUUCGGGCGGGCGAAGACUCCAUUGACGGCCUUGACUCUCUUCCCGCAGAAUUCGAGGAAAUUGUGACCAAGACGUUCGAGACGGGUAAGAUCGUCGAGCCACCGGAGCGCAUGACCGACCCGCCCAAGAAGCCAAAGAAGGCGAGAGUCAAGAAGCCUGUGGUGGAGGUCGAAGAAGUGGCUGAUGCGCCGGACGCAAUCGAGAAUAACUCUGCAAAAGGUGUACCUAUUGCUGUCCAUAUUGAAGAAGCAAAAGGUGAUCGUCCUGUCGAGCCUAUAAGUGCAACAGCUUCAGCGCCUAAGCCUAAGAAGUCGCGAGCGAAGAAGCGUCCCAUCCCGGAAGUGGAUGCGAGCAGCGAGGAUGAGGCUGAGUACAUCCCCAAGAAGUCGAGGAGCCGCUCAGUUCCAUUCAAGGAAGCUAUCGGCCCCCGAAAGAACACCUACAAAGAGCACAUAUACAUAGCUGAAGUAAUCUAUAUUAUCAGCAGCGGUCUCAAGCUUGGCAUUCACCUCGCGCAAGAAAUCAGAUACCUAGGCAGCUCUCCGUCAUUUAACCCUUCGUACUCCUAUUAUACAAUGGUUUGA